GGAUUUUCGAGGUCGACUUUCCCACAUGCUCGGUGUUACUCCAGGCUUCUCACAGGUUACCAGGUUGCCUUGCCGUGUCCAUGUCUCAUCACACGCAGCGCUCACCAUCCCCUGGGUGUUGUCUGGAGGGAUGACGCGAUGGCACCUUGUUGACUCCCAUGCAUGCUGCGCUUUUGAAUCUUAAACACCCGGUCUACAAUGCGCGCCCAAGGGUUGAGACACGAGCUCCCAACUUUAAACACACAUAACCCUCACACACACGACGAGGGUCCUAACCGGGGGACUCAAACUUAAAAUUCAUCAUGGUAUGGGUUGACAACGCAACACCAGAGGUCGAUGCCGAGUCGCAAUGGAGGAUGAUCAUCACCAUCUGCACCGUCCUCUCGGCCCUGUCGAUAGCCGUUGUAAGCAUGCGGCUAUGGAUUCGGCACAAGAAUCACGGCUUGGCGUCUGACGACUGGAUGGCCGCGAUUGCGAUGGUGUUUGCCUUGAUAUACUCGAUCCUGUGCAUUGUCCAAACGAAAUAUGGCCUCGGACUGCCGCUCAGCCUGCGCCCGCCGGAGAACCUAAUUCCCUACACGCGCACCAACUACGCCGGGCGGCCAAUCUACCAGAUGGGCAUCAGCUUCUUCAAGGUCGCCCUCCUGAUCAGCUACCUGCGACUCUUCAAGGGGACCAGCCACGUCAUCUACCGGAGGGUGGUGUGGAUUGCCAUCUUUCUCGUCGUGGCCGGGCACUUGGGCUGCUCUCUGUGUCUGAUCUUUGCGUGCAACCCGGUGAACAAGUCGUGGGAGCCAACAAUACCCGGCACGUGUCUUGCGCCGGGGCCGUCCUUCACUGCAUAUGCCGUGGUCACCAUCGUGUCCGAUGUCGGUGUGACCAUCAUUCCGAUUCCCAUGUUGUUGCGGCUCAAGGUGAACAUCUACAAGAAGUUGGGCCUGAUCGUCAUCUUCAUUCUCGGCAUCUUCACGACGAUCUGCUCCAUCUUCCGGUACACCCAGAUCGACAGGAUUCAGCACGGGGACGGGAACUCGACCAUGCUUAUCGUGUGGGGUGUCAUCGAGUUCAACGUUGGCAACAUCGUCUCAUCCCUGCCCUUCCUCGCCCCGAUCUUCAUCCGCAAGGCCAAGGACUACGCGACCAAGUACUCGGGCAGCGGGAACAACUACGGCAGCGGCCACCGCAAGAUCGGCAAGUCGGGCGACGCCUACAAGCUCAGCAGCAUGUCCAGCGAGCACAACAAGGGCAACUUCGUCACCGCCCAGGCGCAGAGCACCGGCAGCGAGGAGAACAUCCUCCAGGCGGCCAACCAGGAUAAUACCAUCAUGAAGUCGGUCACGUACAGCGUCCGCGUCGACUGAGGCGUUACAAGGCACGAUGGCUGCGAUAGCCUUUUUUCUCUCUAUUUUGUUUCAACACUAGCUUCAGUUCUUAGAUCUUUAAAACGACCAUGGGCUGCGGAUGACGGCGCGCGGCGCAAAAAGGGAAAUGAGUCUGGACAGGUUUCAUUGGGCGGGAUUUUUGAUCGUGGGAUUCUCAUACCUUUCUCCUUUGGGAACGGACAUCAAACUAAAAUUUAAACUGUACAUAGAACGGUUAAAAACAUUGUAUGAUAUGCUUACGUACCCGAUUGGAAAUUCACGAGAUACUCCGU